AUGUAUCAGCAACAAGACAAGGGGGCGCCCCGAGCAAACUGGGAGCUAACAAGCGUACGUGAGGCGAGUGAGGCAGUCAGAGAGAAUGGUGCAACGUUGCCGACGCGGUGCUGCCAAAAUAUACCUGUGGCCGUCGUGGCUGGACUGGGCAUGGGGGAGAGGAGAGAGAUAAGAGAACAGCUGGCUUUGUAUGGGGGACCUGGAGAAGUCACUAUCUGGGGUUUUUUGUUUGCAUCGAGAUCUCCAGUACAUGUGGCUGCUCUCUCCUGUUAUAGGGCGUCCUCCUUUCCGCCCAGCUCGCUCAAGUCCUUCCGCCUGCAGCUUUGGCGGAUAGGACGUGAGACGAGGGCAACUGCGUACGACGUUAUGACUGAGCAGCAGAGCAAUUCACCCACCCUCAAGGAUCAAGGCAUGUCCGGCGUAUGCAAGGCCGACGAUGCCUUCUCUCAGUGGUUCGCUGCUUGCUUCAGAGACAUCCUCGAGCCAACCCACCCCUCCUUGGUCUGGUGUCUGGAGUCGUGGGGAUUGCGUCGACGAUCUCCCACAGCGCUUCACACAUGUCACUUAUUGGUGCAUCAGAUGACCAAUGAAGCCUCUCAACACCCGCCUGAUAUUACCCAGUGGCUUUGA